GGCCGCGGGUGGCCGGGGGGCGGCCGCCGCUGCCCAGGGAGGCGCGCGGAGGCGCCUAGAGCGCUCCCCGGCGGGUCCCCCGCGCACUCGCCGCGCCCGGGCAGCUGCCCGACCGGGCGAGCAUGGGCGGCGCGGAGUGACGCCGCCGUGCCCGCUUGGCAUCAAGGACAUUCAGCCCGCGGGGGUGGGGACGAAGGGGGGCGGCCCCGCGUCGCCACCGCAGCCCCGAGAGCAGCCGCUGCUGCUCGGGCUCCGGGGCUAGGUGGGCAAAGGGGUGCUUGGAAGCGAGCUGCAUUGCCCGACCUUUUUGUUGGACAUUCCGCCCACCUUGGACGCCGCCAGAGGAGCUGUCAAGCCCCGCGGGCUCUGAUUUCGCCCUCCGCUCUCCUGGCCUCCCCCCGGGUUCCCCGUGCCUCGGUGGAGUAUUCGCGUUCGGGGCUGGGGCUGGAGGAGGCAGCCACACGCGCGCACACGCACACGUUCAGAGGAGGGCCAGAGGCAGCGGCACCGGCACCAUCCGCAGUGUCAAUGCGGCGCUCCCGCUGAAGCAGGCAAAGCGGCCCUUGCAGAGAGCCUGCACUCCUCCCGGGACACUCUGUGCCUGUGCCAAGUGCCACUGUGCCCCAAAGCCACGUCUCUGAAAUGAAAGCCAUGCCUUGGAACUGGACCUGCCUGCUGUCCCAUCUUCUGAUGCUGGGAAUGGGCUCCUCCACUCUGCUCCCCCGGCAGCCGCCCCCUCUGCCCCAGAAGCGGUCUUUUGUCACGUUCCGCGGGGAGCCCGCCGAGAGCUUCAACCACCUGGUGGUGGACGAGAGGACAGGGCACAUUUACGUGGGGGCCGUCAACCGGAUCUAUAAGCUCUCCAGCGACCUGAAGGUCCUGGUGACCCACCAGACAGGGCCGGACGAGGACAACCCCAAGUGCUACCCGCCCCGCAUUGUCCAGACGUGCAACGAGCCCCUGACAACCACUAACAAUGUCAACAAGAUGCUCCUCAUUGACUACAAGGAGAACAGGCUGAUCGCGUGUGGCAGCCUGUAUCAGGGCAUCUGCAAGCUCCUGAGGCUGGAGGACCUGUUCAAGCUGGGGGAGCCCUUCCACAAGAAGGAGCACUACCUGUCGGGGGUCAACGAGAGUGGCUCUGUCUUUGGGGUGAUCGUCUCCUACAGCAACCUGGACGACAAGCUCUUCAUUGCCACGGCCGUGGACGGGAAGCCCGAGUACUUCCCCACCAUCUCCAGCCGGAAGCUGACCAAGAACUCCGAGGCGGACGGCAUGUUCGCGUACGUCUUCCACGAUGAGUUUGUGGCCUCCAUGAUCAAGAUCCCGUCCGACACCUUCACCGUCAUCCCCGACUUCGAUAUCUACUACGUCUACGGCUUCAGCAGCGGCAACUUUGUCUACUUUUUGACCCUGCAGCCCGAGAUGGUGUCUCCCCCCGGCUCCACCACCAAGGAGCAGGUGUAUACGUCCAAGCUCGUGAGGCUUUGCAAGGAGGACACGGCCUUCAACUCGUACGUGGAGGUGCCCAUCGGCUGUGAGCGCGGCGGGGUGGAGUACCGCCUGCUGCAGGCCGCCUACCUGUCCAAAGCCGGGGCCGUGCUGGCCCAGACCCUCGGGGUCCACCCAGAGGACGACCUCCUCUUCACCGUCUUCUCCAAAGGCCAGAAGCGGAAAAUGAAAUCCCUGGACGAGUCGGCCCUGUGCAUCUUCAUCCUGAAGCAGAUCAACGACCGCAUCAAGGAGCGGCUGCAGUCCUGCUACCGGGGCGAGGGCACGCUGGACCUGGCCUGGCUCAAGGUGAAGGACAUUCCCUGCAGCAGCGCGCUCUUAACCAUCGACGACAACUUCUGCGGCCUGGAUAUGAACGCGCCCCUGGGCGUGUCGGAGAUGGUGCGCGGCAUCCCGGUCUUCACGGAGGACAGGGACCGCAUGACGUCCGUCAUCGCCUACGUCUACAAGAAUCACUCCCUGGCCUUCGUGGGCACCAAAAGCGGCAAGCUCAAGAAGAUCCGAGUAGACGGGCCCAGGGGCAACGCCCUGCAGUAUGAGACGGUGCAGGUGGUGGAGCCCGGCCCAGUCCUCCGGGACAUGGCCUUCUCCAAGGACCACGAGCAGCUCUACAUCAUGUCGGAAAGGCAGCUCACCAGAGUCCCUGUGGAAUCCUGUGGUCAGUAUGAGAGCUGCGGCGAGUGCCUUGGCUCGGGCGAUCCGCACUGUGGCUGGUGUGUGCUCCACAACACGUGCACCCGGAAGGAGCGCUGUGAACGGUCCAAGGAGCCCCGCCGGUUUGCCUCCGAGAUGAAGCAGUGCGUCCGGCUGACCGUCCAUCCAAGCAACAUCUCCGUUUCUCAGUACAAUGUCUUGCUGGUCCUGGAGACACACAAUGUCCCGGAGCUGUCAGCGGGCGUCAACUGCACCUUUGAGGACCUGUCAGAGAUGGAUGGGCUGGUGGUAGGCAAUCAGAUCCAGUGCUACUCCCCAGCAGCCAAGGAGGUGCCCCGGAUCAUCACGGAGAACGGGGACCACCACGUCGUCCAGCUGCAGCUCAAGUCCAAGGAGACAGGCAUGACCUUUGCCAGCACCAGUUUCGUCUUCUACAACUGCAGCGUCCAUAAUUCGUGCCUGUCUUGCGUGGAGAGCCCAUACCGCUGCCACUGGUGUAAAUAUCGGCACGUCUGCACCCACGAUCCCAAGACUUGCUCCUUCCAGGAAGGCCGGGUGAAGCUACCUGAGGACUGCCCCCAGCUGCUGCGAGUGGACAAGAUCCUGGUGCCUGUGGAGGUGAUCAAGCCCAUCACCCUGAAGGCCAAGAACCUCCCGCAGCCGCAGUCGGGGCAGCGUGGGUACGAGUGUGUCCUCCGCAUCCAGGGCAGCGAGCAGAGGGUGCCAGCCCUGCGCUUCAACAGCUCCCGCGUGCAGUGCCAGAACAGCUCUUAUUCCUACGAAGGCAUGGAGAUCAACAACCUGCCGGUGGAGCUGACGGUCGUGUGGAACGGGCACUUCAACAUCGACAACCCAGCGCAGAACGAAGUUCACCUCUAUAAGUGCGGUGCCAGGCGAGAGAGCUGCGGGCUGUGCCUCAAGGCGGAUCCGGACUUCGAGUGCGGCUGGUGCCAAGGCCAAGGGCAAUGCACCCUGCGGCAGCACUGCCCCAUCCACGAGAGCCAGUGGCUGGAGCUGUCAGGUGCCAACAGCAAGUGCACGAACCCCCGCAUCACAGAGAUCAUCCCCGUGACAGGCCCCCGGGAAGGGGGCACCAAGGUCACUAUCCGAGGGGAGAACCUGGGCCUGGAAUUCCGGGACAUUGCCUCCCAUGUCAAGGUGGCCGGCGUGGAGUGCAGCCCGUUGGUGGACGGCUACAUCCCUGCGGAACAGAUCGUGUGUGAGAUGGGGGAGGCCAAGCCCAGCCAGCACGCCGGCUUCGUGGAGAUCUGCGUGGCCGUGUGUCGGCCCGAGUUCAUGGCCAGGUCCUCGCAGCUCUACUACUUCAUGACGCUGACUCUCUCAGACCUGAAGCCCAGCCGGGGGCCCAUGUCGGGGGGCACACAAGUGACCAUCACAGGCACCAACCUGAACGCGGGCAGCAACGUGGUGGUGACGUUCGGGAAGCAGCCCUGCCUCUUCCACAGGCGUUCUCCAUCCUACAUCGUCUGCAACACCACGUCCUCAGAUGAGGUGCUGGAAAUGAAGGUGAUGGUGCAGGUGGACAGGGCCAAGAUCCACCAGGACCUGUUCUUCCAGUACGUGGAGGACCCCACCAUCGUGCGGAUUGAGCCCGAGUGGAGCAUCGUCAGUGGGAACACACCCAUCGCCGUGUGGGGGACGCACCUGGACCUCAUACAGAACCCCCAGGUCCGUGCCAAGCACGCAGGGAAGGAGCACAUCAAUCUUUGUGAGGUUCUGAGUGCUACUGAGAUGACCUGCCAGGCUCCAGCCCUGGCUCUGGGACCCGACCACCAGUCCGACCUGACAGAGAGGCCCGAGGAGUUCGGCUUCAUCCUGGACAACGUCCAGUCCCUGCUCAUCCUCAACAAGACCAACUUCACCUACUACCCCAACCCUGUGUUUGAGGCCUUCGGUCCCUCAGGGAUCCUGGAGCUCAAGCCCGGCACACCCAUCAUCCUAAAGGGCAAGAACCUGAUCCCACCCGUGGCCGGGGGCAACGUAAAGCUGAACUACACCGUGCUGGUUGGGGAGAAGCCAUGCACGGUGACGGUGUCAGACGUGCAGCUGCUCUGCGAGUCCCCCAACCUUAUUGGCAGGCACAAAGUGAUGGCCCGCGUCGGUGGCAUGGAGUACUCCCCGGGGAUGGUGUACAUCGCCCCGGACAGCCCGCUCAGCCUGCCCGCCAUCGUCAGCAUCGCUGUGGCCGGUGGCCUCCUCAUCAUCUUCAUCGUGGCCGUGCUCAUUGCCUACAAGCGCAAGUCCCGAGAAAGCGACCUCACGCUGAAGCGCUUGCAGAUGCAGAUGGACAACCUGGAGUCCCGUGUGGCCCUGGAGUGCAAAGAAGCCUUUGCUGAGCUGCAGACGGACAUCCACGAGCUGACCAGUGACCUGGACGGAGCCGGGAUUCCCUUCCUGGACUAUAGAACCUACACCAUGCGGGUGCUGUUCCCAGGCAUUGAAGACCACCCGGUCCUCCGGGACCUCGAGGUGCCGGGCUACCGGCAGGAACGCGUGGAGAAAGGCCUGAAGCUCUUCGCCCAGCUCAUCAACAACAAGGUGUUUCUGCUCUCCUUCAUCCGCACGCUGGAGUCUCAGCGCAGCUUCUCCAUGCGCGACCGCGGCAACGUGGCCUCGCUCAUCAUGACGGUGCUGCAGAGCAAGCUGGAGUACGCCACCGACGUGCUGAAGCAGCUGCUGGCCGACCUCAUCGACAAGAACCUGGAGAGCAAGAACCACCCCAAACUGCUGCUCAGGAGGACUGAGUCGGUGGCUGAGAAGAUGUUGACCAAUUGGUUCACUUUCCUGCUCUACAAGUUCCUCAAGGAGUGUGCGGGGGAGCCUCUCUUCUCCCUGUUCUGUGCCAUCAAGCAGCAGAUGGAGAAGGGGCCCAUCGAUGCCAUCACAGGAGAGGCCCGCUACUCCCUGAGCGAGGACAAGCUCAUCCGCCAGCAGAUCGACUACAAAACCCUGGUCCUGAGUUGUGUCAGCCCAGACAGUGCCAACAGCCCUGAGGUCCCAGUGAAGAUCCUCAACUGCGACACCAUCACUCAGGUCAAAGAGAAGAUUCUGGACGCCAUCUUCAAGAACGUGCCCUGCUCCCACCGGCCCAAGGCUGCAGACAUGGACCUGGAGUGGCGACAGGGAAGCGGGGCGAGGAUGAUCCUGCAGGAUGAGGACAUCACCACCAAGAUUGAGAACGACUGGAAGAGACUGAACACCCUGGCACACUACCAGGUGCCAGAUGGUUCUGUGGUGGCUUUAGUGUCCAAGCAGGUGACAGCCUACAAUGCAGUGAACAACUCCACCGUCUCCAGAACCUCAGCCAGUAAAUAUGAAAACAUGAUCCGGUACACGGGGAGCCCCGACAGCCUCCGCUCGCGCACACCCAUGAUCACCCCCGACCUGGAGAGCGGAGUCAAGAUGUGGCACCUGGUGAAGAACCACGAGCACGGGGACCAGAAGGAGGGCGACCGGGGGAGCAAGAUGGUGUCUGAAAUCUACCUGACGCGCCUGCUGGCCACUAAGGGCACGCUGCAGAAGUUCGUGGACGACCUCUUCGAGACCAUCUUCAGCACGGCGCACCGGGGCUCCGCCUUGCCCUUGGCCAUCAAGUACAUGUUCGACUUUCUGGACGAGCAGGCUGACAAGCACGGCAUCCAUGACCCCCACGUCCGCCACACCUGGAAGAGCAACUGCCUGCCCCUGCGGUUUUGGGUCAACAUGAUCAAGAACCCCCAGUUCGUGUUCGACAUCCACAAGAACAGCAUCACCGACGCCUGCCUCUCCGUGGUGGCCCAGACCUUCAUGGACUCGUGCUCCACGUCCGAGCACCGGCUGGGCAAGGACUCCCCUUCUAACAAGCUGCUCUACGCCAAGGACAUCCCCAGCUACAAGAACUGGGUGGAGAGGUACUACUCAGACAUCGGGAAGAUGCCGGCCAUCAGCGACCAGGACAUGAACGCGUACCUGGCUGAGCAGUCCCGGAUGCACAUGAAUGAGUUCAACACCAUGAGCGCGCUCUCCGAGAUCUUCUCCUACGUGGGCAAGUACAGCGAGGAGAUCCUCGGACCCCUGGACCACGAUGACCAGUGUGGGAAGCAGAAACUGGCCUACAAACUAGAACAAGUCAUAACCCUCAUGAGCUUAGACAGCUGAGAACCGUCCUUCCAGGGUCCCCUGGAGGGAGGGACACACCAAGCCGUGCCUCAGUCUAGAUUAUCAUCUUUACCAAGUGCAAGUUCCGACUGGCGUCAGGAGCCCCCCCCUGAGCAGCGCUGUCUCCCACCCCCCGCCGCCUGUUUCUGGCUCCCCCCUGCUUUCUGGAUCCCCUCUCUUUCAGUUGCUCUGCCAACGGGACUGAACCAAGCCACCGACCCUCAGUAAGUGCCGUUAGUGAGGGACCUGGCCGGGAGACAACAGAGGGCGCUCUUUCCCAGCGGACCCUGCGCAUCAGCAGUGGGGCCGAAUCCGGAGCCAUGGACUGAGGACGUUUCUGUGCUGCUACGUCACCUGCCACUUGCUGACGGCCCCACACUGCUCUGAACCAUGGCCUGGGAAGAGGCAGGGGGCUCAGCCUCACCUUCACUGGGACGACGUUGCCUGGCCCAUGGUUCCAUUGCUGGGGGCCUGGUCCCUUUGCAGCCAGGAGAAGAAAGUCUCCUGCUCGUGGCUGGAGUGGGGGUGUGAGGCGUGGAGCCACCUCUCACUUGAUGGGUGGGCAUCCAGAGGCCUCCUUGUCCCCUUCCCAUCUUCAUGGAGCCCUUCCAAGUGCCCAGUGGGCCCAGCCUACCCGGUCUCCUUCCCGCCUGCAGAAGACCAGACCGAAAGAAUGGCAGUUACAUCCCAACCUCCCAGUCUGGCUCCUGGUGGCAGAAGUGUAACCCGGAGGGGGAGAAAAGAGAAGGGAGCUGCAUCCACUCUGGAGGCAGAAUUGGUAGUUUUCCAUGCAGCUCCACAUGCAUACGAAUCACGGCCACGGGCAGAGGUCUGAUCCAUCGCAGAUCCCCAAGUGCCGCGUGCCACGGCUCCAUCCUUAGUCCUCGCUCAUCGGGGUCAAGGUAACAUGCAGAGCGCGUCCAGGAGAUUCUACCUCCAGCUGUCUCCGUGGCUCCACCCCCACCGUCCUUGCUGAGGGCGCCAUCGAAGCCUAGCUCCCUGCAGUGUCUGGUGCUGUGGCUAUGCAGACAACUUUGUCACUAGACGGUUCAAACCUCCUUGAGAGGAAUUAUUUCAUCAACGUCGCAGCUGUCUCCUGUCACUCUCCUCCCUAACCUCUUUGGCCGUCGUCCUUGAAAGAAACACACACACGAGCCCAGCCUCGUAGAAACAAACCAAAAUGCCAGCCAAACUCAGCCCCUGGUUCGUCAUGUUCGGGCAGGACUGAAGACUCAAGAGGAAGGACCUGGCCAGAAAGGGAAGAGGGACAUACAACUGACCUUGGCCCUGGCAUCUGUCUCUCCAUCAGUCCAUCUAUGGCUGUGUCGUUUUAGCCAGCCGGGCAAAUGUGUGCUCGCACAUGCCUCCUAGGUGAGCAGGGGCUCUGGUGAGAGAUGGUCCGAUGGACAGCCACGGAAACCUGAAACCUUGAAGGGACCUUAGAUGCCACCUCCCUCCGUGGUCCAGUCUCCACCAAAGACUCGCUCCUGACAGCCCCGGUGUCGACUUGGGCGUUGUCUGAGGCGGGGCUAGGAAGGAGGGUUCCACAGUCUUGCCUUCACUCCCCAAGUACGAGACCUCCUCCCUGCCACCCACUCAGAAGGGACCCCGCGUGGAAAGAGGAAGGAAGCACAGAAUUUCCAGCAUCCUGAACUCAAAGAAUGCUCGCCGCGUCAGAUAGGCAUACCUGUGCGUGCGUGCAUGUGAGCUCAUGUGCACACACCUGUGUGUGUGCAUGUGUGUGCGUGAGUGGGUACGUUUUUGUGUGUGUGUGUGUAUCUGCUGCCCCAGGAGUAGGCAGAGAGCUCAGAAAGAUUUCUUGUCCUACUAGAGGGAUGUGCAGCGUCUCCCUCCUGUGCCCCGCUCACCAUUCCUUCGGCACCUUUGCGACAUUUCAACUCUUGUUUCCUGUGCUGAGCGCCGGGGGUGAGGUCACCGUCCAUAGGAAAUCAGGGUGGUCACUGGCCAAGGGAAGCCUGCGCUGGGCGGUUGGUGACACAGGGCAGGGCGUGAGGUGGCCUCGAGGAGAAACCCCAACAACUGGAAGAGAAGCAUGAGAAAAGAUGCGUGUCAGGGGGGAAAACAUAACCAAAGGUUUGGGCAGACGAAGCGCCAGGUGGAGAAGCGCGGACCUUCUACCCUGGAUCGUUUGCUUUUCUCCCCAGAAGCCACGAGCCCUGCCGGCCGGGAAGGAAGCAUGUGGCCGGGAGGCGGGCUGUGGAGGCACCUUGGCCGUGAAAAUAUUUUUGCACAUGUGAGGGGUUGGGGAGGAGAAAGACACAAACAUAUUUAACACAGAUGUGCUGAAUGGAAGCUGUGUAAGUGCGUCUUGAUUUAUUUUUUAAGUUUUGCACAGUUAGAGGGAAAAAAAUGAACGA